UGGGAGUGGGUUUAGCCUAAUUUGUAAGAAAUUGUGAUACAUUCUUAUAAUGACUCUCACUUUUCCGUGUGUUUUAGUCAUAUUCUGCGGUUUGCUGUUAUUUCUAAUACGUUUCUAUUAGGAUUUUAGAGCCCCCGAACACUUAAAAGAGUUGUAGCCUAAAUCUCGUCGGCUCUCAUGGGACUGAGGCAUUCGUCGCGUUGUUUGCUGCUACGGCGGAAGAUGGCGGAGGCGGACAACUCGGAGCGGCAACAGCCUGUAAUGUCCCCCAUUUCUCAGUCUGCUCAGCCCUCCCCACUGCCCAAACCAGUGCCUACUACCCACCAUGUGCCCUGCGUCCCCCAUACGCCUCAUGUAGCAGCUCUGGCCACCUGUCCUGGUCGAGGCAAGAUUGCCAAGUUCAUCAGCCCGGAGGAAAUGACAUCACGGGACUACUACUUUGACUCUUAUGCUCACUUUGGCAUCCAUGAGGAGAUGCUAAAAGAUGAGGUGCGGACGCUGACCUACAGGAACGCUAUGUACCACAACAAGCAUGUGUUCAAAGACAAAAUAGUCCUGGAUGUCGGUAGCGGCACGGGGAUCCUCUCUAUGUUUGCUGCUAAUGCUGGUGCCAAACAUGUGUACGGGAUUGAAUGUUCAAGUAUAUCUGAAUAUUCAGAGAAGAUUAUCAAGUCGAAUCACCUGCACAAUGUUAUUACCAUCUUCAAGGGCAAGGUGGAGGAGGUGGAGCUGCCUGUGGAGAAGGUGGACAUUAUAAUCUCUGAGUGGAUGGGCUACUGCCUCUUCUAUGAGUCCAUGCUCAACACAGUCAUCUUUGCCAGGGACAAGUGGCUGAAACCUGGAGGCCUGAUGUUCCCUGACAGAGCAGCACUCUACUUGGUAGCCAUUGAAGACAGGCAGUACAAGGACUUUAAGAUUCACUGGUGGGAAAAUGUGUAUGGGUUCGACAUGAGUUGCAUUCGCAACGUGGCCAUCAAAGAGCCUCUGGUAGAUGUGGUGGAUCCAAAGCAGGUGGUGACAAACGCCUGCCUCCUGAAGGAAGUGGACAUCUACACUGUGAAGCCAGAGGACCUGUCCUUCACCUCAGCCUUCUGUCUGCAGAUCCAGCGCAAUGAUUAUGUCCAUGCUUUGGUCACCUAUUUCACCAUUGAGUUCACCAAAUGUCACAAGAAGACUGGAUUUUCCACUGCUCCAGAUGCCCCAAGCACACACUGGAAGCAGACGGUGUUUUAUUUAGAGGACUACCUAACUGUCAAGAAGGGAGAGGAGAUCUUUGGCAGUCUUGCUGUCAGGCCCAAUGAGAAGAAUGUGCGUGACCUGGAGUUCACCCUUGAGCUAGACUUUAAAGGACAACUAUGUGAGGCCGCCAUUUCCCAUGACUAUAAAAUGCGUUAGGAACAACAAACCAAGCCGUGCUGCGGACCUGCCCUCAGCCUCUCUGGUCAGCGAGGGGGAGGGCAUAGGCUCUCCAACAAGCAUUCCAGUUUGCCAGGGAGGGCAUCUGGACGCAUCUGAUUGGAUGCCAUCAAGCCAGCAUCUAGGUGAUGUCAUCAGAAUAGGCACGUAUCUAUCAGCAAUAGUGCCAUCAUGUGUACCAACUUGACUGACUCGGGCACCUCACUGAAUGUAUCAUCCUACUUGAUUUUUAAUUUCUGGGAAUUAUUUUUGAUUAAUGUAUGGAAUGGAAAUCAUUUAUUUAUUAUUUUUAAAGCUAAUUGAAAAACCACCAAGAGGAUCACAGCACAGUCAUUAACUGUUUUACCUUCAGUAAAAUUUAUUAUAUGUUGUAUAAUUAUAUAGAGAGUACAGUAAUUCAUUGUGUUUUAUUUUAGCAAGUAUCUGCAUGUGAAUCUUUUUUUUUUUUUUUUUAUUUUCAGAAAGAUGUGAAAUGGAAUUUAUUUCUUUAAUUACUGAGAACUUUGAUGCCAGAAUAACAGAGAACAAUGCCUCAGAAAAGUAACAAACAC